AUCACCAUGAGUCACCUCUCAUUUCCAUCCAACCCACUCGUCCACUGCUACUACAACCACGAUGGAAGGUUCUUCCACUCACAUCGAGGAUCCAUCUAUACUCGACAAUACUGGCCAUGGUCCCCUCCGAGUCCCCGGCUUCGGAGACAUCCCCAUGAAUUAUGAGCUUCCCCCCGAAGCUCGCUUUGCACAUGGUAUUUACGAAUGGCGACAAGCUCCGGCUGUGACAGCGCGCGAAUUAGCCAUGGUGGCCGUGAUGAACCACCUGACCGAUCACCUAGACUGGCAUGUUGACAUCUCCAACGAUGAGGUUGUCGCGCGCUGGAAAAAAGAGGCCUUUGACAUGACUGCCCUAAUGAGCGACAAAACAUGGGACUGGUGUUUGAAAGAACUGCGGGAUAAAGCGAUCGACUUUCGCGAGAAUCAGCACAUUCGCGUGCUGGACACAGGAUCCUGUGUGUGCAAGUCGGACACCCCGACUCUCAGCUCUCUGAGCACUUUGUUCAGGUGGGCAGUUCCCCCCGUCCUCAGACAGCAGAAGGCACAGCAGGGUCUGGAUUGGAAGUCCAAGCAGGUAUUAAGCAUUGUCGAUCCAUGGUUAUUUCCCCUGGUCUAUGGGAAGACCCUCGUCUUGGAUCGAGGACGAGUGGACCUGCACGACGUGCUCGGGGCCUACAAACAUGCGACGGUGGCGCCGAAACCGGUCGAUAAACGGGUGAGUUUCAUGAAAUUGCAAAGGUGGGUCGAUAAAGGUCAAAUUCCAGCCAGGGGCACGACUCCCAAUGAUCACUUGGAGACCGAAUAUUACCGCUGGAGCUGGAACUACCAGUGUCUGCCGUGCGAGGUGGAGUUUGUCAAAGACACUGGCACCGAGGUGCGCAUCACCUCGUACAUCAAUAAUCUCCACCCCGCGUAUCAAGGGCUAUACGGCGCCAUUGAGAAAGUCAUCUCUCUUGCGAUCAAGCCAUGGAAUGAUUGCCUCGUGCAAGGGCAGUCCGACUGGUCGAAGGACUCCAAUCACGGACAGCUGGGGCCUGUUCCACUGAGAAUCAUCACGUAUGGCAUUGAAUGGGAGAAUGAACUUCCCGACUGGGCGGACGCGUUCAAUGUGCCGUCGACCAUCCGGAAACGAAUAUACCGUCGACAUCGAGAAGAGUUGCAGCGGAGCAUGGAAGAUGAUACGAAAGAAGGCAGGAAACGGCAGCGCAAGUUACAGGCACUAGAAGCUGGGUUCUGCGACGUUGCCGGCAAAGAAAACAUGGAGAAGCCUCCUCCAGACUCGGACCUGUGGGGAAAGGCCAAAGAGUAUCUGGAACGUCCGGAAGAUGGAUCCACCUCUCCCAUGGCACUCCCCCAGGACUGGCAAUCCAACCCCUGGCGCAGACUGCAAGAAAAGGUCGAGCGGGUGCUCCGCUGGAAACAUCCCGAGCCAGGCACGGCCUUUUCCUACGAGGAGUGGAAGUCCGGCCAGCACCACGACAAACCCAUCAUCGACAUUGUCCGCGACCGGCCGGACUGGGGUCCUGAGCGGCCCUUCUACCCAGUGAUUCCCCCGCACACUCCCUAUGCGAUCACUCUCGAGGACACAUUCCGACAGCAAGGCCUGCAGGUCCUAGUGGAGCUGGAGAACAUCGAGCUCACCCCAGAUGCCCCCACCUAUUCGAAAGGUCGCUGGCAGCUACCGGGCCAACUGAACGAGCACAUCGUCGGCGUGGCCGUAUUCGCCUACGACGUCCACAAUAUCACCGACCCCCGCAUCGCCUUCCGCCAGUACACCCGCCUCCACGGCUGCUACUACCGCUAUCACGAGGAACUGGUUGCCAAGCGGAGUGUGCUGCUCAACUGUAGGCCCGCCCAUCGACAAGGCAAAACCUAUGGCUUGGAGUAUGAUGCCAUCGAGCAAAUCUUGGGGUUUCCACCCUUAUAUCUCUCCAUUGAUAAUUACGCGAAUCCGCCGUAUCAGGACGCCGGCUCCAUCGCGACGCCACAAGGGCGAUUGAUCACAUUUCCCAACGUGUUGGAGCACCGAGUGGAACCGUUCCAGCUGGUCGAUUCGACUGUCGCGGGGCAUUACCGUUUCCUCAAGCUGUAUCUGGUCGAUCCUCAUUAUCGGGUGUGUUCUACGCGUAAUGUGCCCCCGCAGCAGCAUCACUGGUGGGCAGCAGCCGUGGGCAGCGAUUUGGCCACGGCGGGGCUGCCUCGGGAGAUGAUUGACGAGAUCGUGCAGAGGACCGACAGCUGGCCGAUGGGGAUGUCGGAAGCGAGACAGCAUCGUCGGGCGCUGCAUAACGAGCAUCUGUGGAAUGAGAUGACCAAAUUGGGUCGGAUGAGGGGGCCGGGGUUUUAAACCUCAUUGCGAGAAACUGCAGAGAUAGAACACGAAAAAAGAAGAGAAAAGAAAAGACCCAAAUUACUACCAACGAGAAGAUGAAGGGCCAAGUUAGCCUACAGCCACCGCGAUGAAUCCAUGCAUGUAAUCAAGAUUUCAAACCCCGCUUGCUUCCAAGUAUCCAACCAAUACCACUGGAGUGAUGCAUUUCUCACCAAUAUCUAUUAUCAUGCCCGCGAAACAAAGAGCACCUCCGGGGUAUAUAUCAGUCCUCAUAAUCAACAUGACGAAUCAUCCAAUCCACUACCGAUGAAAUCGACAUGAUCGAGAUCACUGAACACUAUAUCACGACGUAGUGACUAUCAACGGCACUGGCCAUGUUCUACCUGAGACAUAUAUAAUAUAUAGAGAGGGAGAGGGGGAGAGAGACGCAUACCAUACCCUGUACUACAUUACCUGAUCUAUCCUAUCCCUACGUC